AUGUCGUCUUCUUCUACUACGGAUGUCCACGAUGCACCGUCUCCCCCUGCACAAGAUGACGGCACCUUGAGGUCGAUGGACGCCGUGCGCCACGCGCUGCCAUCGCUCGAUCACGACCAAACCCGACACGAGCACGAGCACGAACACGAGCACGUACGCAGUCACCACCCAUCUACUAGCACGGAAACGAUUCCCAAUCCAUGGGCAGAGAUAGGAUUGACGACCGUGUCGGCUGUCAAACCCUAUCUGGACGAUUUGGAUCCAUUGCAGCCCCAGUCGCAGCACCCGUCCUCGUCCUCGAACGCGGUCGUGCCACCGUCCACGUCCGCGACCUCGACAAGCUCAACCAGUACGCCUCUUGCACCUCUUGCGCGUCCUCUACCGCGUUCAUCGGCUUCGUACGUCGCCGAAAUUCAAACCUUAGGUCACUACGUCGCUCCGGGAUCCAAGCUCGAGCUCAUGUCGGACGACUCGGAGGAAGAGGACGACUCGCCGACCAUGGCUUGCUCGCCCACUCGGAGACCCUUUUCGACCUCCGAGACGACCCCGAAGCCCUCCACGUCUGCGGAGUUGUCUUUGUCGAACGCGCCUUCGACUCCCCAGGGCAGACCGGCUCCCACGCCGGGAUCCUCGGGCUUCUUUGGGGGCAUGUUGAGGUCCUUCUCCGGAUCAGGAUCCGCACCGGGAUCAGCUUCGGGUUCAGCACCAGGAUCGGUCCACACCAGUCCUACCUCCCAGACUCACUACUCGAAACGGCAAGAAAUCAAUGAUGAAAAGGCCGCACUACAACAAAGGGACAACGACGCCGGGCAUGCUGUUCGACCCCGAUCAGAGUCUACGACACCCGUGCCCAACACGACUUCGGUGUCUGGGCUCAGUAGCUCAAGUUCAACGACGGCACCACCACCGCCGCUGCCACCGCACCAACAGCAGCAACAGCACCACUCGGCCAUGUCCAAGCCACUCGCUUCCAUCGCAUCCGUCUUCCGAUCCAGCCCAUCCAAUUCUCGACCGUCAAGUUCCUCCGGCCCAGCACCGCCGCAUCCCCCUCCCUCCGAAAUGAGCUCCAAGCAACGUGAAAAGGCACCCGAAGCAGCUCCCACGACCUCUCUCCCCGAACCUCAAUUCGACUUCAACAAGUUCCUCGAACAAAUGCGCUCGCGCUCAGCCGACCCCAUCGCGAAAUACCUUCGCUCGUUCCUCAAGGAAUUUUCACGCAAACCCCCCGUUGCGACCAAUGACCAGAUUCGGGUCAUCAACGAUUUCCUCGAUUUCAUCGCCAACAAGAUGAAGGGCGUUGAUCCUUGGAGAAAGUUGUUCGUCGAAUUCGAACCCGAGAGGGCCGAGAUGGAGUUCGAUUUGGCCGUGGAAGCGAUGGAGAAAUUGGUCAUGAAUCGGGUGUGGCACUUGUGAGUCGAGGAAGGCAUCCUGCGGUCGAGGGAGGAACAAUGACUUAUUCGAAAACGGCUUUUGUCAACUCGCAGAACGUUCACACCUGCGAUCGAUCUAUCGGCACUACCGGGGGAAAUGUCCCCGACUGGCGAUAUUGAAAGGGAUCAUGUACUCUCGCAGAGGAUUCGACUCUUUGCUUGGGUCAAGCCGAGCCAUCUCGACCUGCCCCUACCUGAUCCCGAGGACGUCUCCCCUUCGGUCUCAAGGACGGAUUCUCCCCUCCCUCCAGUCGACCUCCUCGCCGACGACGAUCAACAAGCCCUCGCCGAGUCAUCGACAACAGGCGGGACGAACUCCGCCCCGACCUCGGAGGACCCCAUCCUCUCCGCCGCCGAACUUCGCGAAAGGAACCGCCAAGCGCAAGCCUUCCUCGAUUUCUCCCGUCGCGAACUGUGCAAGAUCAACUCGUACAAAGCCCCUCGGGACAAACUCAUCUGCUUGCUCAAUUGCUGCAAGAUCUUGUUCGGUCUGAUCCGUCAGGUGUCCAAGGAUCAAGGCGCGGAUUCGUUCAUUCCUUUCUUGAUCUAUGUAGUGCUCAAGUCGAACCCGGAACAUUUGGUCUCGAAUAUUCAGUACAUUCAGAGGUUUAGAAAUCCGGACAAGUUGACGGGGGAAGGGGGUUAUUAUCUGUCGAGUUUGGUGAGUGGGUCGUUCGAGCUUGGGGCCAAACUAUUGACCGGCAAAAGCUGACUUGCGUGCAAUGCGAGGCUUUGUUAGAACGGUGCGAUUUCUUUCAUCGAACACAUGGACGCCUCAUCGCUAUCCAACAUGACCCAAGCCGAAUUCGAACGCAACAUCGAACGAGCCGUCCUCAGCUUCCCCACCGAUCGGGACGAGCUCCCCGCCGCCCAACGAAGGUCCUCCUCAAGCGCCUCUCCGAUGCCUCGAUCCCGCGAAGUCUCCUCCUCCCAACCCGCGCGAUCCCCUCUCCCCCCUCCCAAACCCAUCCGACUCCCCCUCCCUCAUCAAUCAGACGAACCAACGCACCAAUCCAACAUCGACGUCGAAUCCGCUUCCGUACUCCCCGGUCCCUCACCCAACAACGCCUUGGAGUCGACGCGUAAUUUCCUCGUUCGUUCAUCGGAUUCGGUCGAGAGGAUCGUGUCGAAGCCUUUAGGGGCGAUAGGGAGGAUCUUGGAUCAGUUGGAACAGGUCGCUUCGAGUGGGGCCAGUGGGAUCGCUGGUGGUGCAGCUUAUCAGCAUCCUUUACCACCCUCACCAUUCCAUCAUCAACAACAGCAGCAGCCACCGCAAUCGGAGUUCUAUCACCCUUCAAUGCCUCAACAAGCCCCACCUCAAGGAUGGCUACAAGGGCCCUAUCAAAGCCCAACGGCGCCGGGGGCUCAGACCCUAUCCUCCCCCAUAUCCCGUACCCGAUCAGUUUCCCCGAGCCCCUCCAUUCGUUCCACAACAAGUAGUGUACGACGCUACCCCCGUUCAAGAGGGAGCAGUACAGGAGCGCCUAGAGGUAUGGGACCUCAACAGGGUUUUGUCGACCCGGGCUUGUUCGCGAGGAACGACCAGACGACGGAAGAGGUGACGAGGGAGAUUGAUCGGCAGUUCGAGGAACAGAGGUUGGCGGCGCUUGAGGUGAGUUUUCGUAUUUCUUCUCUCUUUCUUUUCUUUCGUUCGUCAAAGAAGGUGGUGUUUGGACUGAUGGUUGACUUUCAAUGCCCUUCUUUCUCUGCGAUCUAGACGUUGCGGAACGUCUUCCCCGACGUCGAACAAGAGGUACUUGAAGUGGUGAGUUAUUCAAGCACCACAAAACCUUUUGCUCUGCCCUGCCCUUUCAACAGAAUCUCAAUCCUCUUCUUCAUUUUAUCAGGUUUUGCUUAGUCACAACAACGACGUCGGGAAGACGAUCGACGUGUUGUUGGAGAUGGCUUGA